UUUUUAUUUACUAGUAAUCAAUAGAUCAUUGGUUUUGUUGUCUUUUUAGAGACUGUGGUUUGAAAACUGGGACUGGGGUAGAACCAGUACAUCCCCAACCCAAGAUGAGUGCGACGAAGGAAGAUGUUGAGAAGUUCCUGGAUGGGAACCCGGCUUUCGCCCAGGGCUACUUUAACAAGAAGCUCACACCGGGGGCCCUCUCUGUGAUGGCAGGCAUCUCGGAGUCCAAGGUAGAUUUUGGGAUGUUACAGGAGCUGAGCCAGAUAGAAGAAGGCCAGAUCCUGUUCGACCUGAUCAAAGAAAUGCAGGAGAAUGUGAACAUGGAGAAAGUGGUGUUUAAGAUUCUGAAGAGGAUCGUCGCCCUGAUCCAAGCCGACCGCUGCAGCCUGUUCAUGUACCGGGAGAGGAACGGCAUCGCGGAGCUGGCCACACGUCUCUUCAACAUCACCACAGAGUCGGAGCUGGACGACUGUGUGGUGCACCCUGACCACGAGAUCGUCUUCCCCCUGGACCUUGGGGUGGUGGGAAAUGUGGCCCAGACCAAGAAACACGUCAAUUUGAAAGAUGUCAAUGAGGUAAGAGUCAGACGGGGAAAUGAAAGAUAUACGUUGUGGUAGUGAUGAGGACAGACAGACAGUGUCCCAGAGGCUAGGAGCCAGUGGCUUCAGUGAGAUUGUGUUAAUAAUCUUUUACAAGGCCUUGUCACACACUCCUACAUUAUAUUAUUUUCUAGCUGUACCAACUACCAAAAAUAUCAAACAAUUGCAAAAUAAAUAGAUGUAUCAAGUUUAUGUUCAGCCAGACAAAAAAGUUAAUAGUUAUUCAAUCCAUGCCUAUCCGAACAUACACAAAUUGUUAGAAUUGUGUUUUUUGCUAAAACACAGUGUCACACAAAGUGGUAUUGCAACUAUACUGUACUGUGGGGAGGUUCUAAAUGUAUAUCUGGAGACAACAUAAAUCCUCUUGACAGAUAUAAUCCAGUUAUUAUAUAUCCCUUGACCCCCUGGUGUAACUGGGAUUAUGGCACCUGUUCUGGGGGCGUUUACACUAGGGUCAGCAGGAAGCUAACACGGAUCAAAUUAAUUAAUAUUUCAUAUUGCCCAGAUUUACAUUCACUCUUGAUAAUGGAGUGUACUUCUUACCUGAGCAGUUAUAUUAAUCUGUGGCCUACAAUGUUAUGUAAACUGAAAAUGCCAGAGAUUAACAUGUAUUAUUAAUCUGUGGCCUAUAAUGAUAUGUAAACUGAAAAAGCUCAAAACCAAGCCCAUGUAUUGACUUACAGACAGACCUGUCUUAACACAUCCAUGUGUGAUCUCUGAUGUCAGUGAUUUGUUUUGUUUUCUGCAAUACAGAGUAGUCACUUCAGCUCGUUCGUCGAUGACCUGACAGAGUACAAGACCAUGAACAUUUUAGCCUCGCCCAUCAUGAACGGAGAGGAUGUGGUGGCUGUGAUCAUGGCCCUGAACAAGACUACUGGACCACACUUCACUGCUGAGGAUGAGGAUGUGAGUACUGAGGAAGAAGGCUAUCUGAGAAAAGGAUCCACACAUCUCCAUGUGUCAGUAUCACAAUGGAAAUACUACGAGGUCAUUACAUGACAUUAGAGCUUGAAUUAGUUGGGGAUGAGUAAUCAACAGGUUUUGUCCCAUCCCAAAGUUUGUUCACUCAAAGCAUAUGCAGCAUAUAAACACUGACUGAUGUUGUAGAACAGAAACAUGUCCAUCAAACAAACACAGGGAACACAUACAAACUGUGCCAUUGCUGCCUUAAUGGAGAGGAAGGUUAAAUUCACACCUGAUGUUUUCACAUACUUGCAUUCGUCGCUCUCGUCUUUCCUCUACCACCUUGAUUACACAUCAAUGUAUGUAUUUCUCUGUAAUAAUAAUUCAUAUUUUUGGUCUCCCAGCUUUUUUUGAAGUACCUCAGAAUAGCCACUUUGAACCUGAAGAUUUACCAGCUGAACUACCUGUACAACUGUGAGACUCGAAAAGGACAGGUGAGUCUGCUGUCUGCACUGAUAUUCAGAGGAAUUACUAGUUGUAGAUGACAAUAUGGUGAACACACAAAAAAGGCCAUUUUUUAGCUUUCACACGUUUAUUGAGAUAUCAACCAACUGGUGGUUGUUGUUUUUCUGUCGGGUAUAGGUCCUGUUGUGGUCUGCCAACAAGGUGUUUGAGGAGCUGACAGACAUUGAGAGACAGUUCCACAAAGCCCUGUAUACAGUGCGGGCGUACCUGAACUGUGACAGGUAUUCUGUGGGCCUACUGGACAUGACGAAGGAGAAGGUGGGUGACACUGUCUGCAUGUAGUCGGGACAUUCUUCAAUUGCGGCAUUGUCUUACGCCUUCUUGGUUUUUAUUGAUCUAUAAAGUAGAUUCAAUACUUUUGUUUAAUUUCUUGCAUUGAAAAUAAUAGAUACACUGUAUCUCCAAAACCCCAAAACAUGUCACUACAACUCUACUCAUCACUACUGGAACAAGCCAAUUUGCUUGCCCUAAGUACUUUAAACCAUGCACAAACAUAGAGUUUUGCAGUAUAAAGGACUUGCAUUAUGUUUUAUCAUUGAUAAACAGUUAAUGUGUGAUAUGUAACUAUGUGUCAUUUUAAAGUGUUUUUCAUGGUUGCAAAGGUGAGGGACGUAAAUGCCACCGCAAUUCAAGAAUGAUCCAGCCAUUUAGUCAUCAUAAAGAAUAGUUAUUAUGGGUCUCCUCUGGUAAUACUUGAAUGUUCCAGAGUGGCUGAGUUACAGUUUUGACUUAAAAUCGGCUUGAAAAUCUAUUAACAAAAACUUGAAAAUGGUUGUCUAGCAAUGAUCAACAAUCAAUUUGAUAGAGCUUGAAGAAUUCUGAAAAGAAUAAUGGGCAAAUGUUGCACAAUCCAGGUGUGAAAAGCUCUUAGAGACUUACCCAGAAAGACUCACAGCUGUAAUCACUGCCAAAGGUGAUUGUAGCAUGUAUUGACUCAGGGGUGUGAAUACUUAUAUACAUUAGAUAUUUCUGUAUUUCAUUUUCUGUGCGUAAUAAUCUAUUUAAUCCAUUAUAAAUUCAGGCUAUAACACAACAAAAUGUGGAAUAAAUCAAGGGGUAUGAAUACUUUCUGAAGGCUCUGUAUAUAUUAUUAAUACGCUGUGUGUGACAAUCCAUCUGUGUUAUUGCUUUGUUCCUAUAGGAGUUCUUUGACAUCUGGCCAGUGUUGAUGGGAGACCAGCCCCCCUACUCUGGACCUCUUACCCCUGAUGGCAGAGUAAGUGUUUAUAUCUAUCUACUUAUUACCCCAUGAACUGGUCUUUACCUUUUUGCCUUUGUUUCUGCAAAUGUUUAUUUAUGGUCUGUGAUUUUUUUUGUUAUCUGUGAUUCUAGGAAGUCAUAUUCUACAAAGUCAUUGAUUAUAUUUUGCAUGGAAAAGAGGACAUCAAAGUUAUCGCGUAUGUUUAUCUCACUUUUCUCUGAACAUUAGUGUAUAGUUGAGGUAGUUUCAACCCUGUAUGAUCAGACCUGGGUUCAAAACAAGUACUUUUAUUUGAGUAUUUAAAUGGUUAUUUGUAAAACCAAAAUGUCUACCAAAUUGUAUUUAAGAGGAUUUUCAAAUACUUAUUUCAAAUACAAUUUUCAAAUACUUGGGUUAAACGCAAGGGGAGUGUAUUUGAGUCAGUGUAUUCACAUUUGUCUAAUUAUUUCCAAAUGUAUUUCCAAAUACAUUAAAAUGUUCAACUACUUGUCUUUUCAAAUGAAAUAUUUCUGAAUACUUACUUUGAAUGUAUGUUAAAGUAAUUGAGAUAUUUGAAAUAGUGUUUGAACCAAGGUCUGUGUUUGAUACUGUAUAGCAGAAUAAUCAGUGUGUGUUGUCUGACUGUGUUGUCAACAGGAGUCCCACUCCAGAACACUGGGUUUUGUGUACUGGACUUCCCACAUAUGUGGCUGAAACUGGUCUUGUAAAUUCCCCCUUUUAACUGGCAUUCCAAUAGCAAGUGUUUGAAAUGCUAUCAGAAUUUGGAAUUGACUUGAAAAUAACACAAUGUUCAAAUUGCCAUGAUUUGCAUGUGUUGUUGAUGCUGUACUCUUUAUUUUGAAUAUCUAGAUAUGCAACAUCAUAAAUCCCAUAACAGAGGAGAUGUUCAAGUUUCAGGUACAUUUGCUUCCUUAUAAAAUCAAGUAUCCUUGCAUGUGUUUUUUGCAAAAGGUUUAGCAAUUUCCAUAAUUCCUGUUGACCAUUUACGUUGUGUCUUCCCAUAAUACAGUCAGAACCCUUGGAUGAUAGUGGUUGGACCAUAAAGAAUGUGCUGUCCAUGCCAAUCGUCAACAUGACGGAAGAGAUUGUGGGCGUGGCUACAUUCUACAACAGGAAAGAUGGGAAGCCAUUCGAUCAGCAGGAUGAGGAGCUAAUGGAGGUACUUUGCUGUACUACAGCACCAAACUGGCUUCUCAACAAGUGGCGAAGUCAAGUGGCUCUAGAAAGCCUUGUUCUCCGUAUUUUUUGUGUAUACCAUUCAUUUAUACAAUGCACUGUGGCAGCCAAAUGCCUCCCACUCUCUUCACCACAUUGACCUGAGUGAACCUACUCUGAAUGAUAUUGUGACUGUCUGUCUACCCAUGUUGGCUUCUGAGUGAACCUACUCUGAAUGGCAUUGUUUCUGUCGGUCUCCCCAGGCUAUGACUAACUUCCUGGGCUGGUCCCACCUCAAUACAGACACCUAUGACAGGAUGAAAAUGAUAGAGAACCGGAAAGAUAUCGCUCAGGACAUGGUGCUCUACCACGUCAAGUGCCGUGAUGACGAAAUACAGAAAAUCCUGGUGAAGCCUUGCUCAAAGAUAUACACCACAGAUCUAACCUCCUUUACACGAGAAGUGUUGUUUUAAUGUUUGACACUCAUUGUUGUUUCAUGUCUGUUAGAAAACCAGACAGUAUUUCAACAGAGAGCCCUGUGACUGUGAAGAGGAUGAGUUCCUGCAGAUUCUGGUAUUACUACCUUAUAUUUGUAGAAUAACAAUUUGGUCAUAAUCUGGAGGUUGUAGAAUUAUCCCUGAUUUAGUCACUAGAGUACAUUUAUAAGUACUGGAACAGUAGGUCUGCAUUUGAAAGCUAGAUUUAUAUGGUUGUACAGAUGUAGGAUCUUAAUUUGAUCACCCUGUUGCAGGAUAACUUUCCUGAAAUGCAGGAAAUGUAAAACCUAUAGUGUAUUUGAGGUUUAAAAAGGCUUGAUUUUCCCUACAAAAAUGCCCAUUAAUUAUAAUCGACAUAAUAAUUCAAAUAUCCUGUUGCUGCAGGAUUAUUUUCCUGCUGUAGCAAACUAGCUCAAAUUAAGAUCCUACAUCUGCAUGUUUAGUUUUUGUUAAUAAUGCCAUAAUAAUCAUGCAUUAUCACACAGAAAAAAGAACUACCUGGCCCCAAGAAGUUUGAGAUCUAUGAGUUCGGGUUCUCUGACUUUGACCUCACAGAGCUGGAGCUGGUGAUGUGUGGGAUCCAGAUGUUCUAUGAGGUCGGAGUGGUCAAGAAGUUCCAGGUUCCACAGGAGGUACAGUACAAUCAUGAUCUGUACUGCAACAUCUUUCAAUGCAGGGAAAGUGUCAAUUCUGAAUCAUUUCUAUGCAGUUUGUCAUUAGUUACUUUAUUGCUCUCCCAUACUAUCUGCAAAUGCUCUAAAGUUCUAAAGUUAUAUACCUCUUAAGCCACACUUCCAAAUCCUAUGAAAACCAACAGGCAUCUUUGUUUAUUUCAACAGGUUCUGGUGCGCUUCAUGUACUCUAUCAGCAAAGGCUACAGGAAAAUGCCCUAUCACAACUGGCGCCACGGUUUCAAUGUCGGACAGACCAUGUUCACACUGCUGACGGUAGGAAUGCUUACGCCUCAGUAAUGCACCCUAACUUUAUUUUGUCUCACAGAAAAUAAAAGGCACAUUUUCUUACUUGCUAAAAAACUUAACUGAAGACAUAAUUGAAAGAUCUCUAAUUCUGAAAGUUUAACUGCUGUAUUUUGUUGUGUCAGACAGGGAACCUGAAGAGAUACUACACAGAUCUAGAGGUGAUGGCAAUGAUCACAUCUGCUUUCCUCCAUGAUAUCGACCACAGGGGCACCAACAACCUCUACCAGGUGAAGUGAGUACUCCUGGGAUUAUCUGCUCUCUUUUUACUCUGUUCUCUGAAAGUUGGUACAGAUGUUGGAUGUUAAUUUGACCAGUAUUGACACAGCAAAAUAGUCCUGCAGCAACAGGAUUUGAAUGUUUAGUCCAUUAUGUUGCUUGAUCGGUGGUUAGGCUAUUAGCUGGCCAAAAGUAAGCUACAUGAAAAGUGCAAUACUGUUAAUAUAGUCGUGUUAGUGUGGGUUUUCAGUGAAUUUAUGUAAAUCACGAAGCUCAUCUGCAUUUCCUGCAGAGCAGGAAAAUUCUCAGCAACAAAAUAGUGAUCAAAUUAAGAUCCUACAUCUGUACAACCAGUCCUUAACUUAUCUCUGGGUCUCUUAUUUUACUCACUCUCUCAUCAUAACUGAGGCCUUGCAUGUGGAGAAGCACCUUGAUUAGCUUUGUGUGAUGAAUGGCUUAUGAUGAGCUCUUUACAGUGUCUGGUCUGGUCUCCCCUCAUGAACAGAUCUGGUAACCCAAUAGCCAAGCUUCACGGCUCAUCCGUCCUGGAGAGGCAUCAUCUAGAAUUUAGCAAGUUCCUUCUGGCAGACGAGGUACGUAAGGCUUUUGUAUCUCAGCCAUAAACGUUCACUACUACAGCAGCACAUUUGAUGUCAAUUAUUUAUACUUUAUGCUUCCAUGUUGAUCACAUGCUGUAGUCUAACUCCUCCAUCCUCCCCCAGUCCUUGAAUAUCUACCAGAACCUCAACAGAAGACAGAAUGAGCAUGCCAUCCACCUCAUGGACAUUGCCAUCAUUGCAACAGAUUUGCAACUUUAUUUCAAGUGAGUAACGCACCUGAGCUCCCUACAAAUGUACAUUUACAUUUAAGUCAUUUAGCAGACGCUCUUAUCCAGAGCGACUUACAGUUAGUGAAUACAUAUAUAUAUAUUUUUUAUACUGGCCCCCCGUGGGAAUCGAACCCACAACCCUGGCGUUGCAAACGCCAUGCUCUAUCAACUGAGCUACAUCCCUGCCGGCCAUUCCCUCCCCUACCCUGGACGACGCUGGGCCAAUUGUGCGCCGCCCAUGAGUCUCCCGGUCGCGGCCAGCUGCGACAGAGCCUGGAUUCGAACCAGGAUCUCUAGUGGCACAGUUAGCACUGUGAUGCAGUGCCUUAGACCACUGCGCCACUCAGGAGUUAGGAGCUUAAUUCAAUUAAGUUUGCUACAGCAGGAAAAUAAUCCUGCAGCAACAGGAAAUGUGAAUUAUUAUGUGGAUUAAAAUUGAUGGACAUUUUUUGUAGGGGUUUAUACAUUUUUCAUUAGGGCAAAUCUGACAUUUUAAAGUGGAAAUUACAAACUUUAGAAUACUUUUUAAAGCUUGAAUACACUACAAGUUUUGCAUUUCAUGCUGUGCAGGAAAAUUAUCCGCAACAAAAGAGUGAUCAAAUUAAGAUCCUACAUCUGUAUUUACUUACAGUGCCUUUGGAAAGUAUUCAGACCCCUUGACAUUUUCCACAUUUUGUCAGGUUACAGCCUUAUUCUAAAAUUGAUUAAAUCUUUUUUUUUCUCAUCAAUCUACACACAAUUCCCCAUAAUGACAAAGCAAAAACUAGUUUUUAGACAUUUUUGCUAAUUUAUUACAAAUAAAAAACAGAAAUAUCACAUUUACAUAAGUAUUCAGACCCUUUACUCAGUACUUUGUUGAAGCACCUUUGGCAGCGAUAACAGCUUCGAGUCUUCUUGGGUAUGAUGCUACAAGCUUGACACACCUGUAUUUGGGGAGUUUCUCCCAUUCUUCUCUGCAGAUCCUCUCAAGUUAUGUUAGGUUGGAUGGGGAGCAUUGGUGCACAGCUAUUUUCAGGUCUAUCCAGAGAUGUUCGAUCGGGUUCAAGUCCGGGCUCUGGCUGGGCCACUCAAGGACAUUCAGAGACUUGUCCCAAAGCCACUCCUGCGUUGUCUUGGCUGUGUGCUUAGGGUCGUUGUCCUGUUGGAAGGUGAACCUUUGCCCCAGUCUGAGGUCCUGAGCUCUCUGGAACAGGUUUUCAUCAAGGAUCUCUCUGUACUUUGCUCCGUUCAUCUUUCCCUCAAUCCUGACUAGUCUCCCAGUCCCUGCCACUGAAAAACAUCCCCACAGCAUGAUGCUGCAACCACCAUGCUUCACUGUAGGGAUGGUGCUAGGUUUCCUCCAGAUGUGACGCUUGGCAUUCAGGCCAAAGAGUUCAAUCUUGGUUUCAUCAGACCAGAGAAACUUGUUUCUCAUGGUCAGAGUCUUUAGGUGCCCUUUGGCAAACUCCAAGCGGGCUGUCAUGUGCCUUUUACUGAGGAGGAGCUUCCGUCUGGCCACUCUACCAUAAAGGCCUAAUUGGUGGAGUGCUGCAGAGAUGGUUGUCCUUCUGGAAGGUUCUCCCAUCUCCACAGAGGAACUCCAGAGCUCUGUCAGAGUGACCAUCGAGGUCUUGGUCACCUCCCUGACCAAGGCCCUUCUCCCCCGAUUGCUCAGUUUGGCCGGGCGGCCAGCUCUAGGAAUAGACUUGGUGGUUCCAAACUUCUUCCAUUUAAGAAUGAUGGAGGCCACUGUGUUCUUGGGGACCUUCAAUGCUGCAGACAUUUUUUGGUACCCUUACCCAGAUCUGUGCCUCAACACAAUCCUGUCUCUGAGCUUUACGGACAAUUCCUUCAACCUCAUGGCUUGGUUUUUGCUCUGACAUGCACUGUCAACUGUGGGACCUUAUAUAGACAGGUGUGUGCCUUUCCAAAUCAUGUCCAAUCAAUUGAAUUUACCACAGGUGGUCUCCAAUCAAGUUGUUUAAUCAUCUCAAGGAUGAUCAAUGUAAACAGGAUGCACCUGAGCUCAAUUUUGAGUCUCAUAGCAAAGGGUCUGAAUACUUAUGUAAAUAAGGUAUUUCAGUUUUUUAUUUUUAAUACAUUUUGCAAAAACUUAUAAAAACCUGUUUUCGCUUUGUCAUUAUGGGGUAUUGUGUGUAGAUUUCUGAGGAAAAUGAUUUAUUUAAUCAAUUUUACAGUAAGGCUGUAACGUAACAAAAUGUGGAAAAAGUCAAGGGGUCUGAAUACUUCCGAAAGCACUGUAACUGCAAUACAUAUUGUAUGCCCUAUGCAAAUCUUAGGAAAAAUGUUUUGUUGUCAAUGUGGACUCUUUUUCUGCAUAUUAAAGCACGGAUUUAGAUGUGACGAUCAAGCCUACUUAACCCUGUAAAGUUGCGGAAACAAGAUUUCACAAUGCGCUGCUUAUAACUUUAACUGAAUGUAUAAAUCUCUGUUUGGACAUUUUCCAAUGUCACCAGGAAGCGAACAAUGUUCCAGAAGAUUGUUGACCUAUCAAAGACCUACGAAGAUGAGAAGAAGUGGGUGGACUGGAUGUCCCUGGAGACUACCAGGAAAGAGAUUGUCCUGUGAGUGCAGUUCAUGGUAGAGGGAGGAUUGUAGUGAUAGGGGGAUAUGUAGGAUUAUAACAUGCACAUUGGAUCUUAUCUUAGCAUUUCUAUAGUACGCUGAACCUUCGAUAAUUUCCCUUAAAGGGCCAUGAUGAUGAUAGCAUGUGACUUGUCAGCCCUCACUAAGCCAUGGGAGGUACAAAGCAAGGUGAGCACCUCCCCUGAUUAUAGCUUGAUUAUAUACCUUGAAGACAUUUUAGCAGAUGCUUUUGUGUUUCUGUAAAUGAAUAUAGCUAUCCAAUAUAGUGAAAUACAUUGGACUGCCUGGCUUCUUCCAGGUGGCGCUGUCUGAAGCAGCUGAGUUCUGGGUGCAGGGUGACUUGGAAAGGGAAGUUCUUGAAAAACAACCCAUUGUGAGUAUAUCAACGUGUGUGUGUGUUCUGCGCACAUCCACAUACAUUUUGACACAUCCAGGAUGGCUGAUGAAGACCUACGUUUUUUGUGUGUGUGUGUGUGUGAAACCAUGUUUCUCCCUCCUUUUCAUCCAGGCCAUGAUGGACAUAAACUGCGCUGGUCAGCUGCCCAAGCUGCAGUGUGGUUUCAUUGACUUUGUCUGCACAUUUGUCUACAAGGUAACGUUACUGCAUGUACUACCACUCGUUCAGACUAGCUACAUCACUCAGCUUCACAGUUAUUGCUAAGCACAAAGUAAACCAUGAAUCAAUAGAUCUUAGUGUUUGGUCAAAUAGUUGGCAUACCUUCAAUUGGAUGUGUAGAAUGACCAAAUGCACAAAUAAUUGCCAUUCAGACUAGCAUUAUCUGGUUAGAUAGCUUGACUGUCAGAAACAGAAGAGCUCUCAAGUUUUUGUUUUGUUGUUUAUCCGUCAGGAAUUCACCCGCUUCCAUCCGGCCAUCCAGCCGAUGUAUGAUGGCAUGCUGAACAACAGGAAGGAGUGGAAGGCCAAGCAGGAAGAGUACGAGGCCAAGCAGGCCAUCCUGGAAGCCCAGUCA